GAGUUUCCUCACUUUUUGCGGAAACCGAACCCCGACCAGACUCCUCCACUCCCACAAUAAUGGUCCCCGUGUUCGUUUUGGCUUUUGCGUUCAUCGCGUGUGGUGCCGGCAGUGAAGCCCGCGGGUUGAAUCGCGUCUCUCUUUCGCCCGAGCAAAAGCUGGAGCGGAACUUCGUGGAGUUCGAGUCUUUCCGCAACAAGUAUGGCAGGCAGUAUCUGUCGCCGACGCAGGCGCUGGAGCGGUUCCACGUCUUCGCGAAGAACCUGGAGAAAAUCGACAUGUUGAACGAGAUGGAGCAGGGAACGGCGGAAUACGGCGUUAACGAGAUGGCUGAUUGGACCCAGGAGGAGUUCUUGACGAGGCGCGCCAAUCUGGACUCCGCAAAACUUUUGAAAAGUGUGGAAGAAGAAAAUUUUCUGACGUAUUCAAAGGAAAUUAAGGAUAUACCUAAUGCCAAGGACUGGUUCGAGGAGGGUAAAGUUGCCCCACCAAAAGACCAGGGACAGUGCGGUUCUUGCUGGGCCUUCUCCACUGUGGGAGCAGUCGAGUCGAAUGAUGCCAUUAAGAACAACAGUUUGACCCGACGAUCUGAACAACAAUUAGUAGACUGUGACACAAAAUCAAAUCAAGGAUGUAAUGGAGGAUGGAUGGACGAUGCUUUUAAAUACCUCAUGAACAAUAGCUUAAGGACGGAGGCGUCCUAUCCGUACACCGGGGAGGAUGGUAGCUGCAAGGUCCAGAGAGGUGAAGAUGGUGAUGGCGGUAUUAAGGUCACAAAGAUCAUCAACAUGAAACCGCGCGAUGAACGUGCACUUAAACAGCAUAUUGCUGUAAACGGACCAUCAUCAAAUGCUAUCGACGCAACCGACAUGCAAUUUUAUAAGAAAGGUAUUAUGAUGCCUAUGUUUUGCUCGUCAAUGCCACGAAUGCUAAAUCAUGCAGUUCUUGGAGUAGGAUACGGCACGGACAAGAGGGCAGGCAAUUACUGGAUCUUCAAGAACAGCUGGGGUGAAAAUUGGGGAGAAAAAGGUUUCUUUAGACUUAAGAUGGGUUCAAACGCGUGUGGUAUAGCAAAUGUAAUGCAAGGCGUUGAUACUGAACGAGAUCGCCGAGCCGUCUGAAGUUGCUCACAAUCCAGUUACGUUGUUUCAACCGAAUUCUAUCGAGAUGGACUGUAAACCGGGGACCAGAGACCAAGAGCGGUUUCACGCAACUUGUGAGUAUUGCUGUGAUACUAACGGGAUUUAAACACCACUUACCUCUUCUUUUUCUCCGGAUAUUGAAUUACCAUAUCAUUAAAAUAUAAAAAAAUAAAAAAACAUACAUUCAAUCA